CUUGAGGAGUGUCUUAUGCCUUGUCGUCCGCUCCUUCGGGUGUGAGGCGCAGGCGCUAACCCCACUCGCGACUGCCUCCUCCUCGAGUCCGCGACCAACAAUUCAUCGAUUUGGACUCAGUUUGCUCCCCACCUCGUGGAGUCUCUCAAUUCCAACUCAGCUCCAUCACUGCAAGGUCAACGAUGGAUUCAAUCAUUGUAAUAUCGUCCGAUGACGAGGCAUCUGAUGAGGUUACGGUGCCCAAGUUCACGGCUACCCUUUACCCAACGAGGCGCGAUUCGGACGUCCAGUCUCCUUCACCGACCCCCAAGCGGCGCAAGGUUCGCGACGAAUGCUCCAAUGACGAGUCCGAACCCUCAAUAAAACGACGCCACGCGUUGAAGCACGAAGAUUACACUGUUGCGUGGAUAUGUGCGCUGGCCAUCGAAAUGGCAGCAGCGCGCGCCGUGCUCGACGAAAUCCACGACACGCUUCCCAAGGACAGGAACGAUAGCAACAGCUAUGUUUUGGGCGGUAUAAGGCAACACAACGUCGUUAUUGCUUGUCUCCCAAUUGGUCAGGACGGACUCGUCAAGGCAGCAGACGUCGCAGCAAAUUUACACCGAACUUUCAAGUGCAUCGAUAUUGCUCUUAUGGUUGGCAUAGGUGGAGGAGCCCCAAAGAUAGCUGAUCUGCGUCUGGGAGAUGUCGUUGUUGGCACAAGGAUCAUGCAGAGCGAUUUAGGAAAAUACGUCCACGACGAAUUUCAACGAAAGGCGUAUCCCAGGCCGCUGCCGUCCAAGCUUGGUACGCUCGUCACAAGCUUGCGGUCCAAGCUCGAGCUUGACGUUAGCCGUUUGCCUACCAUUAUGAUCGAUAAGUUUGGCAAAUACCGAGAUUUUUGUCGUCCGAACUUGGAAGACCGUCUUUUCCGGGAGACAUACAGACACAGCUCUGGCACAUCUACCUGCGAUAAGUGCGACUUCUCGCAGCAGGUCCCACGCAGCAAGCGAAUAUCCAAGGACCCGAAGGUGCACUAUGGAGCAAUAGCAUCGGCCAGUCACUUGAUGAAGGACGCAACCAAGCGAGACGCAAUCGGAAAGGAGUUGCAGGUCAUGUGUUUUGAAAUGGAGGCAGCCGGGAUUGUGGACACCCUCCCUUGUCUCGUGAUCCGAGGCAUCUCCGAUUACUCCGACUCCCACAAGAAUGACGAUUGGCAGAAAUAUGCGGCCGCCACUGCGGCUUCCUAUGCUCGAGAGUUGCUGGAAGAGUACCGCUGCCGCAUGCCUGUGGCGAGUAGGCGUGAGCGUGACGUCCCCACAGGAGACACCCAAGCAUCGAUAAAGAAGCGCUUCCUCGAACAGCUGGCAUUCGAUGAUAUGAAGGUCCGUGAGAAAACGAUUGAGGAAGCGCAAGCUGAUACGUGCCGGUGGAUAACGGAGCACGAGAGCUACAAAGCAUGGCUCGAUGUGACGCAGCUUCCAAAACAUCGCGGGUUUUUGUGGAUUCGCGGCAAACCGGGUGCUGGCAAGUCGACUAUCAUGAAAUUUGCCUUUUCGAAUUUCAAGCCUCCGGAUGGGAAACGCGGCAUCUCCCUCUCAUUUUUUUUCAAUGCGCGAGGCACAUACCUUCAAAAGUCCGUGGUAGGCAUGUACCGCUCCUUGCUUUACCGUCUUCUUCAAAAGAGCAUGGGUCUGCCCAUGAACCUGGAACAGCUGCACGACAUUGGUCCCCGGCAGACAGAACGUCUUGCGCUGGUAACUCUAAAGGAUAUCUUUCGCACUGCCGUACUUUCGCUCGGCAAACGCUCGCUCACCUGCUUUAUCGAUGCCUUGGACGAAAGCGACGAACAGCAGAUUAUCGAAAUGGUCCAGUAUUUUGAGGAUCUUGCCGAUAGCAGCUUCCAAAAAGGGAUCAACUUCCGAGUGUGCUUCUCCAGUAGGCAUUAUCCCUACAUAGAAAUUCGUAGAGGAGAGCGAGUUAUCUUGGAGGAUCUUCUCCAGCAUAAGCUGGACUUGACAAGAUACGUCAACAAUCGACUUCGAAUCAACGACCCGAGCCUUAAAGAGACAAUGCAACUAAAGAUACUCGAAAAAGCUGGUGGGGUCUUCCUGUGGGUCAAACUCGUCGUGGAUAUUCUCAAUAGAGAGAAUAGCCGCGGCGGGAUGGCUCUUCAGAGACGAUUGGCAGAGAUCCCGGAUGAUCUAAGUAAACUUUUCGGGGACAUCUUGAAAAGAGACCAAAGUGACAGGUCAGAUGGGGAGAAUCUCGAGCUCCUCCUUUGCUUGCUAUGGAUCCUUUUUGCGAAACAACCACUAUCCCCUCAAGAAUUUGACCACGCUCUUUGGUCUGGCCUUUAUCAGGAACAAUUUAUCGACGAAGAUUUACCAGACACGCCCGCCCGAUACCGAAAUGGCAGCAUAGAGAGGCUCAUAAUCAGUUCCUCCAAAGGCCUCGCUGAACUCACAAGAAGUGAAACACCUACUGUCCAAUUCAUGCACGAGUCGGUCCGUGACUUUCUUCUCAAGGAUAAAGGUCUAUCCUUGUUGUGGCCAGACCUUGGAUAUGACUCGUCCGAUCGUGACAGCCUGUGCCAGGAAAGACUCAGAAGCUGCUGCCAUGCAUAUCUGCAGCACCAUCGAGUACAGGCAAUCAUCAACGAGGCAAGCACAGAAGGCGACAGACCAAACGCCAUGGAAGAGGAAUUUCCAUUCCUAGAAUAUGUCAGUCAGCAGGCCCUUCACCAUGCCAACGCUGCGGCGCUAGUGGUUCCCCAGGAUACCUUCGUUUCCCAGUUUUUCGAUUUACAAGGGGUGAAGGCAAUGAAUCUGUUCCAAAGAUACAAAGCAAGGCAGUAUAAUCUGCACACACCUGCUCUUUAUGUCUUGGCGGACCAAGGCUUAGACCAACUUGUUCGUUCGCGAAUGAAAACAGAGACACCAAAGGAGGUUCCCGGGGAGCGAUUCCGACACCCUUUCUUCGCCGCCCUGGUUAAUGGCCAUAAGGAUACGGUAGCUGCCCUUCUAGGCUUGCCUUCGGCCGAUUUCGAGGGCCGCGAUAUCACCAGAGGGCUGAAAUGCAGAAAGGACUCGAAGGAAUUCAAAGGUCGCACACCCUUGUCAUGGGCUGCCCAAACUGGGAGGUGCGAAAUUGUGAAGGCCUUACUACAGAAUGGAGCAAGCCCUAACGAAACCGACGGGGAGGGAUGUUCUCCGUUCUUCAGGGCUUUUUAUCACGACCAUGAAAGCAUUCUGCGGCUUCUCAUCGACAACGGAGCGGAAUUGGAGUCAUAUGGCACAGAGGCACUAAAUUUUGCAUCGUACAAGGGACACGAAGACUUCGCGCGGUUUCUCAUCAAAAAGGGAGCGGCUCUCGAAGUUCCUGAGGGCCGUCUCCCAAGGAAGCCGUUCUAUGACCCUCCUUGGCGCCAUGACCUAACAGCACCGCUUCAUAUAGCAUCCCAUUAUGGGCACGACGCCAUAGCCCGGCUUCUUAUUGACGAGGGCGGCGGGUCCGUUGAUGUUAGGAACAUAGAGCGACAGACACCGCUAAUGUUUGCUGCUGCAGCGGGUCAUGAAGCCUCGGUGUGGCUUCUUGUUGAUCGCGGAGCAGAUGUGCACGCUCGGGACAAUCCGGGACGGACGACAUUGAUGUAUGCCUCCAAGGCUGGGCGAGAAGCCGUGGUACGGUAUCUCAUCGAUAAGGGGGCAGAUGUCAACGCCCGGGAUAGUAAUGGAUCAACGGCACUCAUAAAGGCCUCAGGGAUAGGGUGUGGUGACGAAGCUACAGCGCGGCUUCUGCUCGAGAGUGGAGCGGAUGUCAACCUGAAGGACAAGUUCGGAUCGACGGCGCUAUCCAAUGCCUCAAAGUUCAGGCACGGAGCUGUGUGGUGGCUACUUGUGACGAAAGGAGCGAGCAAUAGCGCCUAAGACACAAGUGUCAACGUGAGGGGCUAGCAAACGCUGCACUAGCACCUUGAAGAAUGCACUUGCACUCAGCUUAACAUGCUGAAUUGGGACAUUGAGAAAAAGGUACAGCACAAUGCCUGUCAUCUGUCGAACGCGGCACUGGGCUCGCUGGCUCACUUUACGUGCUUGCUACCAAGCAUACAUGUAGGCAGACGCUUGUUGCUGAUUUGGAGAAAAGCUGGGUUUCGGUUGAGAAGUUCUGCAUCUGAGCUCCACAAGCCAUCUUCUGACCGCGGAGGUGAUCACAGCUCCUGUGAACUUGCAGGCCCCUGGAGAGUGGAAUGAUGGGAGUUGAGGGAUAGGCUGUGUCUAUUCUGUCUUUUAACGUGAUAUUUGUGGUAUUUGUACUAUCUUGAAGAUUUACAACACACUGAGAUGCUACUGCAGACCAG